CCACAUGUGUAAAGAACAGCAUACAAGGAUUUAAAGUGAGUGUGGCAUGUGUUGAAGACCUGCUUUUGUGGGGUGAAGUUACAGGAAGUGAAUAGGUUAGGUUUUAAUCCCUUAAUUGCUCCACUCCAUCGACUGUGUUAUCAUCUCUCCAAGCAGAGUCAACAGCUCAUGAAGCACAAGCAAGGAUGGCCGUCGAGUACCGUGCCUCUACCGUGACGAACAUGGACAUCGAGAACAGUAAAAUCGGCUAUAAGCAACUUUUCACGGAUGGCGGCAAGCUCCAGUAUUCAGUGAAUGCUUUGAGAAACAGCCCUUUCCGGGUAGCGACAGUUUGCCUCUGCCUGCUGUGUGUUCUCCUGUUGGCUGGGGCCAUAGGUCAGAGUGUCCACUACCAAAAAGUAGCGAAAGACCAUCAGAACAAGCUAAAUGUCGCGAGCAAAGAGAAAGAGAGUCUACAGGACGACCUGAGGACAGCACGAAGAGAAAAGAAGAAUCUUGAGACCUCACGCAAUGACUUGCAGCAACAAUGCGAUUAUUUGUCUCGACGGAAUAACCAGAUACAGACCAACAACAAUUUACUGACUGAGGAAACAAACAAACUUAAACUUAGCCAAAGCCAGUUGCAGGAGAGUAAUGAUGCUCUAAACAAAGAGACAGAACAGCUGAAGACCAAUCAAGACCAGCUGCAGACCAGUAAUGAUGCCUUGUCUUUAGCCAAGGACCUGUUACAAAAACAGUAUGAUUUAGUGGUCAAACGCAAAAAUGAGUUACAGGCCAGCUAUAACUCAGUGACCAAAGACAGGGACAAUUUACAGAACAGAUACAAUAAUGUAACAAGGUCAAAAGAGCAGCUGCAGCUGCAUUACAACAACCUGAUUAAGGAUGUAGAGCAUUUGCAGGGCAGAUACAACAUCUCCUCCAGUGAGAAAGACAAGCUGGCGAGCAGUCACCAAAACCUGACCAUAGCAAAAGACACUCUGCAGGCCAACUACGACGUGCUAGUAAAAGCAACAGAUGAGCUGCGGGCUUCUUAUGCGUCCGUGAUUCAGGAAAAAAAUGAUCUUCAGAGCACCUGCGCAAACGUAACUGUGGAGAGAGACCUGCUGAAGACGAGAAAUGACAACCUGACCGCUGAGAUAGACCAGCUGCAGGUGGAGGUUCAGAGACUGAAUGCAACGCUCCAAGAUAAGAAGUGCCCCAGUAGCUGGAGGAAAUUUCAGCACAAGUGCUACUACACUUCUGUUGGCAAGAAAACCUGGAGGUUGAGCAGAGAGUACUGUCAAACCAAAGGAGCAGACCUGGCAAUCAUAAAAACCCAAGAGGAAAUGACCUUCAUCAAUGGCUUGUAUCCAAAUGACAAAGAAGUCUGGAUUGGACUGACUGAUGAAGGAGUAGAAGGCCAGUGGAAAUGGGUCGAUGGGACACGGAUGACCACAGCGUUCUGGGGCAAAGAUCAGCCCAACAGCUUUGACGGGAGGAACCAGGACUGUGUGGAGUUCUGGCACCACGGGACAAACAUCGGCAGCUGGAAUGACGAGAACUGUAACGUAGAACAAAACUGGAUCUGUCAGAUGUAGUUCACCUGUGUAGAGAGGCCAAGAGCUUUGGUUAACGAUCGUCAUGUAAGAUCAGUGUCAUACAAAAACACGCAUACGAGGGACCGCUGGCAGUGACUUCCUGUUUGCUUAAAAAUCAAUAUUAUGAGAUCAAUUUACACACCAUGGCACACAGCAUUGCUAACAGCUAAAGCCGGAAAUGUAUUGUUGUGAUAAGUAAUGUAUUAGGAAGUCACUGUCGCAGUGAUAUGGAACCAAUCUGGUUGAGUAUCUGCACAUACUGUAGAAACAAUUAAGUUAGUGUUAAAACUAAAUUCUAAAGGAUGACGAUUGAUUUUCCAGUGUACCCACAUUUAAGCAUUUGUCAAUAGCUGUGCUUAUUAAUCAGUUCCUGCUGAUCUAGCAAUGGAGCGGCUGGGUGGAGGCUGAGCUUGCUGAAAUGGUCUGCCUGCAGCCACCCGGCAGCUGAAACAGAGGCAAACCUGGUGGAAGUGAAACGAGUCCUCUUUGGUAACUAAUGUUAGUAAAGUUAGUUCAGUUCUGGCCCCCUGUGUGGCCGGGAGUCAAGCCAGUGUGAAUGUUCUCACUGACGCAGCAACUACUGUAUCAUGCAUCAUCCAAUGUGUAUUAACAACCAUUAAAUCUGUGCUUUAGCUAUUUAAUUUGACACGUGGAUAAAAGCUGCUUACGUUGCACUUAAAACAUUUCUUGCUUAUUUUGUAGUCUCAAAACCAAUAUUGAUAUAUAUUGAUUCAUGAGUGAUUUAAAAUAAAGGAAAUUCCCUUGUCUGCCAAACACUGUCUGCUGUU